UCCUGACACGUCCUCAGUGAGCGGCACAGGUUUACAAACUUUUCUUGUAUAACCCCGUCGCUGAUUUCGGUAACCAUGCGCGAGUGUGUGUCCCUACACAUCGGGCAGGCGGGUGUACAGAUCGGUAACGCCUGCUGGGAGCUGUACUGCCUGGAGCACGGCAUACAGCCCGACGGGAUGAUGCCGAGUGAUAAGACCGUCGGCUAUGGGGACGACUCCUUCAACACGUUCUUCAGUGAGACGGGAGGGGGGAAGCAUGUCCCCAGGGCCGUUUUCGUGGACCUGGAGCCCACUGUGAUCGAUGAAGUCCGGACUGGGACGUACCGGCAACUGUUUCACCCCGAACAGAUGAUUUCUGGGAAGGAAGACGCGGCUAAUAACUACGCACGCGGACACUACACCGUCGGGAAAGAGAUCAUCGACAGAACGUUGGAUCGAGUCCACAAAGUGGUGGGUUGA